AUGAGGCCUGGAGAGAUCAUUGGAUGCAGGCAGUUUACCACGUACCUCCUAGAAAGGUGUCAAAAACGGACGAGGAAUUCCACCUGGUCGCCCAUCACGACGAAUAUUCCAUGUGGUUCGGCGCUUAUGGAUCAGAACCCAUUUCAGAAAUCCCGUCACCCGUUUGCACCUGUGGGGCACACGCAGGGAUCCCUCGCCGUCGCAUCGGGGAGCUGAACGAUCCCAAACAAAUCGGAGUGUGGACAUCAGUACUCAGGAAUGUUCUGGACGCGGGUCAUAGGUACAUUGGAAUUUGUGGGGAGAAUCCGAUUUUGAGUCUGGCCGCUGUCAUUAUGGGGGCUGAAGGCGUGGUGGCAUUUACGAAUGAUGAUAGAAUGCGAAAUCUCAUCGAGGAGCUCGUCAAGACCAACGGUUAUGAUGAGGGAAAAAUACAGGUGGUGGAAGUGGACAAAAAUGCCUGUAAAACUGCUGGGGAAAUCAAGGUUGAUGCUGUAAUCGGAGAUCCCUUUUACCGAAAUUCCUCCCUCAAUUGGCACAACCUCAGAGUAUGGUACGACUUCAGCGAGUUGAAGAAGUCCGGAAUCAUAAAUGAAAGCACGUACUUCCGACCUUUAAAAGCAAACCUUUACGCAGCUGCGAUAGAAUUCAAGGAUUUAUGGAAAAUACGGGCUCCUGUGAUGGACGUUUUAGGCUUCAACAUACAGCAUUUCGAUGGCGUGAUUGACGGUGCUAUUAGGAAAAGCGACCCUGUGGUUGAGCCGCAUCCUUUGUGGGAAUAUCCUGGGAAGGCAUUAUCUGGUGCGGUAAAAGUAGCAAGCUUCAAUCUUGCCGAAGAUGUAGAAGCUGAACUUGAAAAGGUCCACUCUGGCGUGGUUUCCUUCGAAAGCGAUGGACUCUGCAAUGGUGUGGCUCUGUGGAUGACAUGGGAAUACCCUGGUCGUGAUGAUGAGCUCUUCUUGAUAUCAAAUGGCCCGGUGAAGCCUAUUGAACCGGGCCAAAAUGUACAGUGGUACAUGAACGCAAAUCAAGACGUUCAUCUUUUUCCAGAACCUUCAAAAGUCAACCAUACCAACUAUUUCACCUAUUGCGUUAAGGCCGAUUCCAGUGACGGAUCUCUGAUUUUUGAUUUCAAUUUGAAUGGAUGAGCAUUUGUUAGUAGCUUUCAUUACCAGAGAUUACAACUUUUGGAAACUUGGA